AAACUCAAGAAGAAGUUUUUAUUGAAAUAGUUUCUACACGUCUUUUUAAUCAGUUCAAAAGUGCGGUUGCCUAAUUGUGCGUGUCUGUGAUUUGAAGAACCUGGAAUUAAGAUUACAUCAAACGGAAUUGUUACAAAUCAGUGCCUUAUCAAUUUAUUUGUAUUAUGUAGGCGUUUUAUGGAAAAUUGUUUGCUCGAGUUAAAACUGUAUCAUAGGACCAAGUGUUUUUUUUUUCUGAUCGUGCCCAACUAUUCCUGAUUGUCUGUUUAUUCCUCGCUACUAAUCUUAUGAUGCUUGAAAGCUAGUGUAACAGUGUUGUGUAACUAAAUUGUAUUAAUGUAGAAAUAUCGCGUUGAUCCAAGAGACGAAGUCCAAGACUUUUUCGAUGUAAACUCGACCACUUAAUACAAAAUCACCAGCUCAUACAGUAAAAAAUUGAUUACUAAGUAUUUUUUUACCAGUUGUUAUAUAUUUCCUCGAAGGAUCGGCGGCACUCACACUACAGGACCAUGAAUCACAUAGACUUCGUAUUAAUCUUCUAUUAUCUAAGUGUGCGUCAUUUUCAGCAAUGUACACACACAGCAGCGAUGCCGAUAAGACAACGAUAGGGAAACUUAUCAUUCCACCGCGAUUACGAGUCGAACGCAGAUGGGCCUGUGUCAUCAAUUUUAAACAGUAAAUAUGCGCGCCCUUACUGUUUUGACGUUUCUGUUUUUUAUAUUCAAAUAUGGAAGUGGACAAGACGUUUAUGAGGACAUUAUUAACGAAGAAGUUUAUAAACUAAUUAGAUUGAGUGAUGUUUGCACGUGCAGUGAAAUAUCCGAUAUGGAUAGGACUCACUUGGAGUUGUAUGUUCAGUGUACAGAGUUUGACAGGAUUGAGAAUGUUGCGGACUUGGAUAAGAUCGAAUGGCCCGCGAACCCCAACGGGCUGAAGAUAUCGGCCACUUUCGAUGGACUCGGAUUGUCUACUCUCGGCAAAUUGCCGCCAAAUUCUCUUGUAGAGACGCUAAAAUUCACAAACAACAUUAUCAAGGCGUACUGGCCAGACCCAUUCAGCGAGGUUCCGAACUUGAAAAUCCUUUCAUUCUCGCACAACGACCUGACUGCGAUCACACCAGACUUAUUCACAAACAUCGAGGGUUUAGAAGAGUUGGACUUGUCUUACAAUAAACUUUCGGACUUCAACCCGAUAGACUUCAAACAACUGCGGCACUUGAAAAGGUUAAAUCUGCAAAGUAAUAACUUGAAGAGAGUUCCUUUGGAUGCACUGCAGCCGAUGGUGGCGCUUGAAGAUUUAGACCUGAGUAAGAAUGGAAUAUUUGAUUUGUUACUUCAGAGGAAUGAAGUGGAGAACUUGGCGCGGUUGAAGAGAUUGAAUUUGAAUGAUAAUAGAAUCCGUUCUAUCACGAAGGAUACGUUCCCAGCGAAUAACAGCCUUGAAUUAUUGGUGUUAUCAAAUAACAUUAUAGAAAUUAUAGAAGAGGAUGCUUUCUUAACUUGCACGAAUUUAAGAGAAUUGAACCUUGCGCAGAACAACAUAACGUUCCUUUUCACAAUGCCGCCGGCGCUACAGAUCGCUAUGCUGAAAAUUAACACAUUCUACCACUGGCCAACGUUCCCCAGUGGCAUAAAAUACAUUGAUUUAUCGUAUAACAGACUGACGGAUUUAUACGAUGAAGAAGCAAACAAUUUUGAUAGUUUGGAGGUAUUAAACAUCGGCGGAAAUCAAAUUAAAAACUUACAAAUAAAAAAGAAAUUACCAAAUCUAUACAUUCUAGACAUAUCUUAUACAUUAAUAUCAGAAAUCCCGAGAACAAUUAGCACACAGUAUUUUCCCAAUUUAGAAGAAUUACAUUUAGAUGGCAACCCCAUAGAGACGGUUUAUUUCAAAAAUAUUAUAGCUGUGAAGAGGUUGUAUAUGAAUGAAAUGAAGUUGUUGAGGGUAGUUGAGGACAAGGCGUUCAGUAAUGUGGUGGGGAGGGCUGAUGAGGCUGAGAGUGAGCUGCAUUGCUUCUCGCUAUCUCUGUCUAACUGCCCGUCCUUGUGGGAGAUCCGGCCCGGAGCGUUUGAUGGCACAUCCCUAUGUAAGUUGGACAUAAGCAGGAACAACUUAACGUUCUUGCCUAAGAUCCUGACGGACUGGUCGGAGGUUGUAGAGGGCGUGAACCUGCAAUACAACCCGUGGCACUGCACCUGCGACAUGCAGUGGGUGGUGGACGAGCUGCUGCCGCAGACGUAUGCGACCAACAACUCCGGACUGCUGGAUGAACUGAGAUGCGGCUCCCCCCGCGGCGUGGAGGGGCUGCGGCUGGUGCACUGGUACAACUGGACGGAGCGGGCCAUGUGUGACCAGGACAUCGGCUCCGACACCCGACAUGGCAACUAUAUGCUGGAAUCCUCAACAGAAAACUUUUCAUCGAAAUACAGUACAUUAACCUUAAUCUUAGGAGCCUGCAUUAUAGUAACACUAUUGAUAUCCAUUGCUCUAUCAGUCUACCUUAUAAAGACCAGGAAGAAAUACCGAGUACGGCGAGCGGCCAUGAAGAGAAAGCGACAGAGUGCCACAGAUAUAAAUAAUGGACAUAAGGACCAGUUUACUAAUCUAAAUACGAGUAAAGUUUGAACAAUGUGAUUUGAAAAAAUAAUGAACUUUUGAGUGAAUUUUGUGUAAUUAAAAUCCUGCAUAAUAAAGGUUGAUUCGGAUGGAAGGACGAGAUACAGUUAAGAGUGAAAGAAAAUUUUUGAAUAAAAUAAGGUUUUUAUAGUUUGAACUAUAUGUAAUAUUAGAAGCAAUGAGAGCCUUUGUUUCAAGCAUCACAAACACAAUUUCAGUAUUGUUUUCAAAUUCAUAUUUUUUAAUAUUUAAAUAUCAAAAUAGGUGAUGCUUUAGUAGUGUGAUUGAAGUGCUUUUGUCCAAAGAUAGAUGAUUAUUAUGUACCAUGUAGUGCCAUAAGUUUUGUAUGAUUAAAACGCAUUUCGCAAUCAAGUAGUUUAGCUUACUUAGGUAAGAUUUGUAUUAAAAUGUGAACGAAAGUCAUGAAAAAUGUUUAUCUUUCCAUAAUAUGGGAAAAUAGAAAGUCAUUAUUCUACGUAAUUUGUUAAGAUAUGCCAUCAUCACAUAGGACCUUUUUACACACCCAUGUGUGUGGUAACACCUUUUUAUUUACAGCCCUAUUUCUAAGAACCUAAGGUUGAUUAUAGCAAAACUUCAUGUACUGAAUGUGAUUAAUACUUUAAUAGGCUAUGAAAUUACUGCAUAUUUAUUAUUAUAUUCAACCACGAUGGUCCUUAAGCCAAUUUAUCUUGUCAACCUAAUUUGACCAGAGAUACUUGUAGCUAUGUGUGUGUAAAGAGGCUUGUUAUGUAUACUAAGCUAAGUUCAGUGCCUCAAGAGAGUUUAUAAAUGUGCAUUAGGCAAAAACACAUGGUCUUAGGGGCACUACAUACCAGUUUAUGAGAAAUUAAUUAUUGUCAUUCUUUGCAUUUUUCCUAGUAGCACACAAAUUUAGUCUAAAAAGCAGAUAGCACUGAACUUAGCUUAGCAUAAAACUGUACUAAUUAUAAAUUAGUCAUAAGUUGUAUAAAAUGUUUUAAUAAAAUAUUUAUAUGA